AGGUCCUACAAAUUAACCAAAGGUCCUACAAAUUUACCGAAGAAUGGUGCUGGAGUUGAAAACAAAACGGCGCUAUCUAGCUUACCUGUGUCUCCUUUUUAAUGCGUAUGUGGAGACGUGCGCGAGAUUCGGUGUCUCUAUCGCCAUGAUUGGGGGGAUGGUGAAGGUGGAUUGCAACGAUCCAACCGAUACCGGCAAGUUCUGUUGGUCCGAGAAAACUCAAGCAAUGGUUCUUGGAGCAUACUUUUACGGGCAUACUGUACAGUGUCUUACAACUUACAUUGCAAACCGCUACACAGGGUUUACUAAAACAUAUCGAGUGUGGUUGGUUGUGUCAGCUGUUAUUCAGUUUUGCUACCCUAAACUUGCCGAGGUGUCCACCUCACUUAUUAUUGUAACACAGACGAUAAGAGGCAUUUUGGCGGGUAUCAUGGUAGCAUACCACUUUGACUAUAUCGCUAAAUUCUCCGUUGGGAAGGAGAACAAAGCGCUGAUUUCUAUAUUCGGAGCCAAUGAUUACAUAGGACAAGGAACAGGGGGACUGAUAGCAGGACUUGUGACUAAAAGCUUAGGAUGGCAAUAUUACUUCUAUCUGACUGGAGCAGCUUAUAUACUUGGGUUAAUCUUCAACCUCAUCUUCGUCAACGACUCCCCACAAGACUCCUGGUACCUGACACAACAAGAGAAAGACUUGAUUUUGAAGAUGGUGCACACAGAAGAUGUUGUUAUAGGCAACCCGCAAGUUACAGAGUCGUCUCCAUCCAACGCUGAAGAUCCACCCAUUGAGUGCGAAGAAAGCUGUGAGCCUCCAUCUUCACUAAAGUCACUGAUCUGUCGACUUUACUUGCUGGCAUUUUGCAUAUAUAUUCCGGCAUACAAUCUCAUCUAUUUCAAUCUCCUGAAUGUUGUUCCGUUCUACCUUAACAAAGUUUUAGGGGCAGACCCUCUGUUCAUAUCUUCUUUUAAUGUUGCACUUUCUCUGUUGAUUGCUUUUUGCACUCUUGCCUUUUCAUGUCUUUUUCAAAAAUUAGACAAAAUGUUGACUUGGUUUAAAUGUAGGAUGGUAUUUGCUCUGCUUCCAAUGAUUAUUCAGAUCAUAGUUCUAAUUAAUCUCACCUUUAUGAAGACUUUAACAGGAGUUGCUGUUAACCUCACUUUAAGUGCAAUUGCAGCGGCUACUUUGUUCAGUGGCUCCGUUUAUACGAUAAACUAUGAGAUUGAUCCAAAGAACUCCGCAUUUCUUGUUUCUGUUUUCAACAGUUUCGGACAGGUAUCAGGUUUUGCAGGACCAACACUGAUGGCAGCAAUAACCACCACAGACCCGGACAUACCGAACUAUACUGCUGUUUACAAACAGAGGUGGCAUUAUUUCUUCUACACAGUGGCUGGAGUCGCAGCUUCUGGGUUCAUGGCCAUUGUACUUGCUUAUCUUAUUAAACCUGAUGAGUGGGUCAACAGAGACAGAGAACAACGUGAUCAGAAACACAGAACUCCACAACAAUUAUAACGUGAUCAGAAACAUAACACUCCACAACAAUUAUAACCUUUAUUAAACAGAACUCAUCUUUAUUAAUUUGUGACAGCAAAUAAAUAACGAAAUUAAGGGGUUUAUUAUAAUGAUAUAUAGCGUACUUGUGUAAAUUAUUUAGUUAUAUUUUAUACAAUAUCUAUGUCCCAUAGUAGCGGGUAGU